AUGAAUGAUUUUCAGAAGUUAUUAUUAAUUUUUGGUGGAUUUGUUUCGUAUAUGCUGGCUGAUGGAUACACUUACUCUAUGGGUAUAUUAUAUUCGGAGCUCAUGAGUGCUUUCCAUCUUAGUAGUGUUGAAACUGCCACCCUACCUGGAAUGAUUUUCUUAAUGCCUCAAUUUUUUGCACCCUUUCUGUGUCCACUACUUGACACUUAUGGGUUUUCGUCAGGUUCUGCAUGGGGUGCACUGUUAAUGUGGGUCGGAUGCUUUGUUUCCUCAUUUGCGAACAGCUUUCACAUUUUAUACUUGACUCUGGGCAUAUUGACCAGUAUUGGACUUCAGUUGACAUAUUUAUCUGCACUGAUGUCAGUUACUGCCCAAUUCGAGAACAGUUCAUAUUUUGGUUUAGCCAUAGGACUCACUAUGUGUGGUUCAGGUGUUGGUGCAUUUGGGUCGAAUUACCUUCUUGCUUGGCUCCUAAGUAUUUGGAAUUGGCGUGAGGUGUUAUUGAUCGAAUCCGCCAUACUUCUGAACAUUUUGGUUACAGCAUCGUGUUCUCAUCAUUUAGAUGCAGAACUAAACGCUAUAACAUUAGUGAAACAUGAGCUGAGUUAUCCUGACGGUAUAGAAGAUACAAACCAUCAGAACAAGUAUCCUUCUGAAGCAAAUUUUGCCAGUGAUUGCUCAAUAACUAAAUACUUUUUGAAUUCAAUUCCACUUUGUUUAUGUAUUCCAUCGUUAUUCCGCUUUCGAAAUUAUCAUCUACUUUUACCUCAUUCAAAUAUUAUAAAGAUCAAUGCUGAAAACAGUGAUUAUGAUAUCGUCAAUAAAGAAAGAAUAAAUGCAAUAAGAUUUUCAUUUGGAUGCCCACAAUUUUUACAAGAAUUCACUUCAAAUUUUAAAAAGUUAUUUUCACCGAAAUUAUGGAAAAAUACUAAUUUUUUAUUUUAUGUAAUAGCUAAUGGUAUAGCUGGUGCUGGAGUUGUCAUACCAUGGACAUUUAUUUACGAUCAUGUUCUAACUACUCUGUCUUAUUUGAAUGCUCAAAAUUCAAUUGGAGAUAUAAACAAUCAAGAUAUUUCUUGGCUUCCAUCUUUAAUUGGAUUCGGAUUGCUAUUUGGUCAAUUGUUUUAUGGUUUGGUAACUUCUCAGUUCGGUGACAUAGGUACAUGUUGUAAAAAUAACAAUCAAGAUUGCAAAGUUGAAAAUGGUAGCUCUUGUUGUCAACCAAAUUGUUUUCAAUCCGUCAAUAAAAAAUGUUCAUCGUCAAAGUAUAAAUUUCAUUUAGUAAUCUUCCUGAUAACACUUCUUUUAAAUAGUGCAUGUACACUAACUAUAGCUUUAGUCCCAUUAUGGUCUGUUCAGAGUGAGUUAAAGCACUUCGAAUUAUUCUCACAUCAAGAAGGAAAACUAUUAGCGUUGGCUUGUUUUUUUGUUGGCGUAUCAAAUGGUGGAUUGUACGUCAUGUUUCCACAGUUAAUCAUUGAUAUUGUUGGUACUAAAUUAUGGUCUUCUGGACUUGGCUUAUUUUUAACUUUUAAUGGUCUUAUGAAUUUGUGUGGAACUAAUAUUGGAGGCAAAAUAUAUGACACUAGAGGUUCAUAUCAAAUGGCACUUUUAAUCGCCGCAUUUCUGCCGCUAUUCGCUUUUCUUUUGGUCGUCAUGAAGGAGAUAUUCACGUGGUUAAUGAAGAGUUCUACAUUAUCUGCCAAUUCUGAUUCAAUGCAAAGACAAAUUUAA